AGGAACUAUUAAUCUUCUGAUGCUGGAGCGUCUUCAGGCGUCUGCUUGAUUUCCGCGGCAGCUGAUUCGAUGAAAUAUUGAGCCAGAGUUUAAGAUGGUUAAUAAUGGCAAUAUAAGGUGCAGACCAGAUGACCCGCUGUCAUGAAAUCAUAAUGUCAUGUUUCAGAGUGUCAGUACUUCAUGGCGAUUUUUUUUGUUGAGUUGUCACCGUUCAUCUCCUUGCCUGUCAUUUAACUUAAACUAUGGAUAAAGUCAGAAGGAUCCUGGUUCAUAUCUCCAAGGACGGCGCCGUCCCGCAGUGUGCCCGCUUUGUACAGAGUAUAGCAGGUCAGUUUAGCGGUGCCAUGGAAGACCAGGCUGUGGUGAGAUGUGUCUUGGAGGAGAAUCGAUUCAUCAUCAGUGCGGCUGAGAAGGAUGUAGGAAUCCCUCUUAAGAGGCCUGCAUUCUGUCCAUUCAAACAUCUGCCAGUCACUGAGGGUGCUGAAAUCUCACAGGAUGUACAGCGCCGGGGUGUAGAUGUGGGCGUGGCUAUUCUCCUGCAGUCAGCCAAUCAGAGAGUGCUGUUAACACGUAGAGCCAAAGGACUCCGCAUUUUCCCCAAUGUGUGGGUCCCUCCAGGAGGACAUGUGGAACUGGAUGAGGAGCUCCUGGAUGCAGGUCUCAGAGAGCUGAGGGAAGAGACGGGACUCAGACUGGAGCCAGAAGAUGUUUCACCUCAAAUACUUGGUCUGUGGGAGUCUGCGUAUCCUCCCAUGCUGUCCAGAGGAUCACCUGAGAGACAUCACAUAGUCACCUACAUGCUGCUGCACACCUCUUUGACUCACCAACAACUACAGGCAUAUCUGCGUCCAGAGCCCGCUGAGGUUAGUGGAUGUAUGUGGGCAGACACUGCCCUGGUCAGAGCCAUCGUCUCUGCUGUGGAUGGCCAGGACACACCGGUCUGUAUGGAGGGUUUGCCAUCAACCAUUAGCGUGUCAGAGGUCUCAGAGGAUGGGAUGCUAACUGAAUCAGCCCUUCAAGUAUCAGUUCUAUGUAACCGAGUUCCAACCAGCGGAGCAGAUGUGGAGCGGGUCAGUACUGGAACCAAGUUUGCCCUGGAGCUUUGGCUGAAGACUCUAGAGCGGUCGACUGGCCCGGGUCCAGCUCAGGAUUAACGAACUCAUGCCACAUAGAUCCUGAUUCAGGAUUUUUCCUCCCAAAGUAACAUAUUUACAGUCUUAUUUAUGUUCAGAUUUGUUGGCUUUGGGCAAGAAAUUAAACUUUUAAAUAAUAAAAAAAGGUGGUCUUGAUUAAAAUUAAUUAAUGUCAUGUGACUAGUGUGAAAGGGCACAUGAGCAGAUCAGUUCUUCCUGCUUGCGCCUCUGGAAGCAGAUGGUUGUGUUCCAUUUCACAGUGCACAUAAACAGUACUCCCUACUUCCUGCUCCUUGUCCAGGGAAGGUCAGUUUAAGGGAAAUUCCCUUGACAGAAUUCCUCCAUUCAGUGCACCCUGCAAUGUCACGAACUCAGACAUCCGUUCCUCGUUACCCUGGUAACAUAAACACCUCGGAUACCUGUUGCUGCGACUGCAGAAAUCUUACACUACUGAAAUAAAAUAUUGAAUAUAAAUUGAAACCAAAACUGAUACCGUUAAAAAAAACGUAUUGAAAUCUAA